GGUCAACUUCUAGGGAGGGACGGGUCAGGAAGUUGUGAUUGAAUUGUAUCGGGAUCGCUGAAUUUAACAUUUGGAAUCGCCAAGAAGCUAGUAAAUGUGACUAUUCGGACGUAAAAAUUCUAUUAACACAGAAAGUGUUCUGUUCUAAAGUCGCUUAAUGGAGGAAUUUAUGCUUUGCAAUUAUUUCCCCCAACUCGUCCCCCGAAGGAAUAAACAAAUAAUGUUUUCCGGUGAUCGCGGGCUCAAUAGGUUCUAAACAUUACGAACAUGGCGGCCAGCUCUCGUUGUCUUCGCAUUUCUUCUCAACUUUGCCGUCCGCUCAUUGCUGAUGGGAUCCGUUGUUUUUUAAGGGAACGAUGUGUAUUAUUCUAUCACAGAUGCAGCUUGAGUUAUUUAGCGCUAGGGAGAAGUGGAUCGCCUGCAUUUCCGACUACAUUUUCAAGGCACAACGUGGGAAAUUUUUUGAGAUUACGAGAAAACAGACUUUCAACGACUGGACCUGGCCCUGACAAUACUCCACAGCUCACAUUUGAAACCCUUUCAAACUUAAUAAAAGACAAAUUACAAGAUUCCCUGGAUCAAAGUAAUUUGGAACAACAUAUGAAACUUCUAGAAGCUUUGAUCAAGCACUGGAAAGGAGAAGUGUUAUCAGUGUCAGUCACAAGAACUGCAGAAGGAUUAUCUCCAAAGGAUGUCUACUGGCUUGCUACACUUAUUUUUGACACCCAGGAAUCAAUAGGAAAAGAUGCAGUUGAAUUAGCUGCUCCACUUUUCAGAUUUUCAGCAAUGGCUGGUAAUCCAGAUGGAAUGUACAGUUAUGGGAAACUACUAGAAACAGGAGAAGGCGGAGUAGAGAAAGACCUUGUUGAAGCUGGAAAGCUGUUUACAGAGCUUGCUGAACAGGGCCAUCCGUUUGCUCAGGUAAAAGGUUGUUAACCUCUAAAGUUUGUUAUUAAACUGAUCAUUGCCAAGAGUUGGGAACUGAUGCCUCAAAGGUUAGCUGGUUGCCUGAUGCAAUACACACCACGGAAGCAUCAAUGGCAAUCCUGGAAGUAGGAACGACCUUGCAAGUAGCCGCUAAGUCGCACCAUCAUGCUAAAUAUGGAUUCAUUGGGGAAAAUACUUACUUGAUUCAAGAAAUACUUACCAGAAUACCAACCACACCAGAGAGGGAAGGAGGGGUGAGAGAGGGGUGAGGGAGCAAAAAAUCUGUGACAAUUUGGAAAUAGUUUGUGUAUGGCUGAUCUGCAUAGAUCAGCUAACUAAACUUUGCAUGCAGAAUAAUUCUCAACAGUAUCCCUGUGAAUUGAAUGCUUUUACACCUUUUCACGCAAGAAAACAACAAUCAAAUCUUUCAUGGUUCUGAAUAGUUUUUUUGCCAAUGGACCCCUGACUUGUGACGUAUUCCAGACAGGAAUUUCAGCUACUGCAUCAGCUCAAGAUUAGCUUUGCCUAAAUAUGAUUUAAUCAGAGUCAAAGGUUGGUUUUUGUGAUAUCCAGAAUAAUCAAGUUCAUGGUAGGGGUUAUCAGCCAAACCCGAAGGCUGAUAACUCUUACCAAGACCUUGAUUAUUC